CUAUAAGGCGUCUCUGCGCAUGCGUGAAAGCCUCUUUUACCGUGGGCAUAAUGGCGGGUGAAACAGAGAAGAAGGAGAAGAAAGAGGCUAAGGAGACGAAGCCGAAGAAGGAGGUGAAGGAGAAGGAGUUGAAGGAGAAGAAAGAGAUUAAGGAUAAGAAACAGAAGAAAGUUCCGUCAGUCCCCGAAGGCCUCUUGAAGAAGAGGAAGCACUAUGCUGCUGUCAAGGCGGCUCGUGCCAAGGCUCUGCGGGUCGAGAAGAAGAAUCGCGUCGUCACCCGCAACCUGAUUUACGCCAGAGCGCAGUUUUACCACAAAGAGUACCGGCAGAUGUACAGGCGUGAGAUCCGUAUGAACCGUAUGGCUCGCAAAGCCGGAAACUUCUACGUCCCCGCCGAGGCCAAGCUGGCAUUCGUUAUCCGUAUCCGAGGUAUCAACGGCGUGAGCCCUAAAGUGCGUAAGGUUCUGCAGCUGCUGCGUCUGCGGCAGAUCUUCAACGGCGUCUUCGUCAAACUCAACAAAGCCUCCAUCAACAUGCUGCGGAUCGCCGAGCCGUACAUCGCCUGGGGUUACCCCAACCUGAAGUCUGUGCGUGAGCUCAUCUACAAGCGUGGAUAUGGCAAGAUCAGAAAGCAGCGCAUCCCUCUGACUGAUAACGCCCUCAUUGAGAAGAGCCUGGGCAAAACAGGAAUCAUCUGCAUGGAGGAUCUGAUCCAUGAGAUCUACACCGUGGGCAGGAACUUCAAAGCCGCCAACAACUUCCUGUGGCCUUUCAAGCUCUCAUCUCCUCGUGGUGGUAUGAACAAGAAGACCACUCACUUCGUGGAGGGAGGAGAUGCCGGAAACCGAGAGGACCAGAUCAACAGACUCGUCAGGAGGAUGAACUGAAGAUGGACCAAGUGCACUGGAACAUCUUUUGGUUUAUGGAAAAUAAAACUUUAAUACACAAA